AUGACCCUGCCCGACCCGGCUACUGCUCAGCUGGCCUCCCCGGAGGAGGAGAAAAGGCUGGAAACCAGUGUGUGCAGAUACCAGAAGCCCAUAGGGCCUGGCAUGGUGUCCCCUGCUGGAGCCUGCAGAUCCAGUGGCUGCUGUUUCCAGGACCUACCGUACCCAGACACAGAGUCAGGCUCAACCUCAGGUCCCCGGAACCUGAGCUGCCAUCGGAUAGUCAAUUCGGGUAACUAUGAGUGUUCCUGGCAGUACGAGGGUCCCAAGACUGGUGUCAGCCACUUCUUGAGGUGCUGCUCCAGCCUUCGCUGCUGCUACUUCAGCACAGGCUCGGCCACCGGCCUGAAUUUCACCGACCAGGAUGGCGUACCUGUGCUCAGCGUCGUUGAGCUCUGGGUGGAGUCCCGGAUCCAGAACAGGACAGAGAAGUCCCCUAAGAUUUCCCUGAUACUCAACACAUUUGUUAAAUAUGACCCACCUUCCUCACAAGACAUCGAGAAAUCGAGGGCAGCAGGGGAGCUGCUCAUGGAGUGGGAGACUCCAGCACACCAGGACAAGGCUGAGGUGCAGUUUCGACGCCGGACCCCCGGAAGCCCCUGGAAGUUGGGCCACUGUCAACCUCAGAAGGAUACUGAGUCCUGCCUUUGUCCCCUGGAGCCGGAUUCAGCUCAGGAAGUCCAGCUGCAGAGGCGGAAGCUCAAAUUAGAUAAUGCCUCAGAAGGUCCCUGGAGCCAGUGGAGUGACUCUGUGUGUGUCCCUUCGGCAAUCCCACCACAGUUCAAGAUGAAUUGCUCAGUGGAGCCACUCGGCUCAGAAGGAAGGAGGCGAAUGACUCUGCAGGCACCACCCCAGCUUGAGCUUCCAGAAGGGUGCCAGAGCGAUGACGCUGACAUGGAAGCAACAUACAACGUGCACCUGUACAUGCUGUCCUGCCCAUGCCAGGCCAACACCAGCAGGAUUCUGAAACGAAAGAAAGAUCUCCUCCUCUCGGGUGCUGCCUAUAAUGUGACUGUCACUUCUGAGAAUUUCUUUGGUUCAGGCCCCAACCAGACAUGUUUCAUCCCUGCUGACAAGCAUACAGAACCCGGAGUUCUAAAUAUCAGUAUUGGAGCCAAGGGGACCACAAUGCACUGGACAGGCCGGGCCCAGGCCACAGCAUACUGCAUUGAGUGGCAACUCCAUGGCCAGGACAGAAGCCAUGCCACUUGUACCCAAAAGAUAUCCCCGACCAUGGACGUGGCUGGAACGGGCACAGUGACCUACAGCUGGAGACCAGCACAGGGGACAAUGGAGCAGGAGAGGUGUUAUCGAUUCACCAUUUUUGCCUCAGAGCACCCGAAGAAGUUUGCCUCGUGGUCCACAGUCCUGUCCACCUACCACUUCUUGGGGAAUGCCUCAGGGGCUGGGAUCCCGCAGCAAGUCUCAGUGAAGAAACACAGCAUAGACUCCGUAUUGGUGCGCUGGACAGAAUCACCACUGAGCUCCUGCCCGGGCAUCCUGCAAGGACAUGUCCUGCGCUGCUGGGAUAAGAACAGCAGGCAGGUGGCAGAACAUGUUCUGAACGCCACAGAAACCCAGGUCACCCUCCAUGGCCUGCAGUCCGGCAUGACCUAUACGGUUCAGGUCCGAGCAGACUCAUCCUUGGGGCCUGGCUCCUGGAGCCAACCGCAGCAGUUCAUCAUCGAUGUUCCAGUUUCCAACUUGUUCAUCUCCCUGGUGUCGCUCGGCAGCUUCGUGGUGGUCCUCAUCCUUGGGGUUCUUGGGUAUUUUGUCCUGAUCAGGGCUGCGCGGCACCUGUGCCCACCCCUACCCACGCCCUGUGCCAGCACUGCGGUGGAGUUCCCCAGCAGCCACGAGAAACAGGUUUGGCAGUGGACCAGGCCCCCAGGACUCCCGGAAGUGGCACCCCCACAGGAUGCUCUGGUGGUGGAGACUUUCUGGGACGAAGGCCAGGAAGGCCGACUGGCCCCCACUGGGACUGGCGAGGAGAAGGAUCUAGUCUCUGAGGCCCCAGGACCUGGCUAUGGCUCCUCUGGGAGCCUCCCCAGGGCCACACUGCUCUUUCUGACCCAGGAGCUGGAGAUGGCCAUGGGACCAGCACCGCCUGGACACACUCACUGUCCCACCGAUACCCGGAAGCCGACUGCCGCUGCAGAUGCAGAGGAGCGGACUUCGCCCGCCCCACACACGCGUCACCCCGAGGCUGUGGAAGCACAGCUGGGGGCACCCCCCGGGAGCUGGCUUCCUGUUUUUCCAUCGGCUGGGGACAGACCCGCUGGCUCCAGCUCCGAGCAGGCUGGCUUGCUCCCAGAGUCCCUCACUCUGCCUAGUACUGGCCUUGACCACAGUGAGGCCAGGCUUCUGAGGAGGCCCAUGCCAGGUGAGUCAUCCCACCCCACCUUAAAGCCAGGACCACCCCCUGGGACCUACCCACCACCCAUCGCUGCACUACACCCCUGUGUCUCCCCUGGCUCCUGGUGCAGCCUGGCUCCUGGCCGUGGCUCGAUGUCCCACGGAGCCUGGCCCACCACGUCAUCCGUGACGGUCCUGCCCUUGGAGACAUGA